GAGGGGUGGAGAAAGGCAGAAGUGGGCCGGCUGUGGAUUGCACAGCUAACUUUGUCUCCAGGAAAGUCGUCGAGGUGGAGGACUGGGGAAAUAAUAACGGGUCCGAAGAUGAAAGGAGUUCUGGUCAUUCUAGCCUGUUUGUUUGCGUCCUUUUCUCCGCGUGACUGUAAGCAGCAGGGCUCGAUCCCCGAGGGAGAUCUUCUCGUGCUGACUGUAGCCACGCAGGAGACUGAUGGCUUCAGACGCUUCUUGAGAUCCGCAAAGCACUUUAAUUACACCAUCAAGGUUCUGGGGAAGGGAGAAACAUGGAAAGGUGGAGAUUACAUGUCUCCUCCAGGUGGAGGGCAGAAAGUGCGCCUGCUGAAGUCUGCUCUGGAGGACAUACAGGAGGAGAACAGAGUCAUUCUCUUUGUGGAUAGCUAUGACGUGAUCUUUUCUUCUGGUCCGAAAGAGCUGUUGAAGAAGUUUCAGCAGGCCAAGCACAAAGUCGUGUUUUCUUCCGAGACACUCAUCUGGCCGGACCGUCACCUGGAAGACAAGCAUCCUCAUGUCAGAGAAGGGAAGAGGUUCCUUGGAGCAGGAGGCUUCAUUGGCUAUGCACCCAAUCUUAAACAGAUGCUUUCGGACUGGUCAGGAGCAGAUAGUGACAGUGACCAACUCUUUUUCACCAAACUAUAUAUCAAUCCAGAGAAAAGAAAGUCCAUAAAUAUAACUCUGGACAACAAGUGCAGAUUGUUCCAGAAUCUUCAUGGAGCUUUUGAUGAAGUCAUGCUGAAGUUUGAAGAUGGACGCGUGCGAGCCAGAAAUGUGCUUUACGACACUCUACCUGUUAUUAUCCAUGGCAAUGGACCCACCAAACUUCAGAUAAACUACCUAGGGAACUAUAUCCCAAAUCUGUGGACGUUUGAGACUGGCUGCACCAUCUGUAACGAGGAUCUGCGACCUCUCUCUGGACUCCAGGAGAGUGAAUAUCCUCUGGUGGUCAUCGGGAUCUUCAUCCAACAGCCCACACCCUUUGUCACUGUGUUCUUUGAACGCUUGCUUAACCUCAAAUACCCCAAAAACCGGCUCCGGUUAUUCAUCUAUAAUCAGGAAUCCCAUCACGAGCCACACGUGCGCACAUUUCUAGAGCAUCACGAGUCUGAAUACCAGGGUGUGAAGCUGAUUGGACCAGAGGAGGACAUAGAUCCUGUGACCUCUCGUGAUAUUGGCUUCGAUAUGUGUCGUGACGACAUUGACUGUGUAUACUUCUUCAGCAUAGACGUGGACGUGGUUUUAAAGAACGAAAACACGCUUAGAAUCUUAAUUGAGCUCAAUAAGCCUUUCAUUGCACCAAUGAUGACUAAACCCGGGCGUCUGUGGACAAACUUCUGGGGUGCGCUCAGCGCCGACGGGUACUACGCCAGGUCAGAGGAUUACGUGGACAUAGCUCAAGGACACCGCGUGGGUUUGUGGAAUGUGCCAUACGUCUCUAACAUAUUCCUGAUAAAAGCCGAUACACUGAGGACUGAUCUCAAAGAUCCUGACCUGUUUGAAUCUGAAACACUUGACCCGGAUAUGGCCUUCUGCUCCAAAGUUCGAAACAAGGGUGUCUUCAUGUUCGUAACAAAUAUGCACACUUUCGGUCGCGUUUUAUCGACUGAAAAUUACCAGACAACCCACUUGAACAAUGAUCUCUGGCAGAUCUUUGAAAAUCCUGCGGAAUGGGAGGAAAGAUACAUUCAUGAGAAUUAUUCCAAAGUUUUGAGAGAUGAUCUUAUAGAAAUGCCGUGUCCUGAUGUGUACUGGUUCCCUAUUUUCACUGACGUGGCCUGCAGACAUCUCAUUGAAGAGAUGGAGCACUUUGGCCAGUGGUCAGGAGGUGGAAACGUGGACAAAAGGAUCCAAGGUGGAUAUGAAAAUGUCCCCACUAUUGAUAUCCACAUGAAUCAGGUGGGAUACGAUAAAGAAUGGCACAAGUUUCUUUUGGAUUAUAUAGCGCCGGUCACUGAGAAAAUGUAUCCAGGGUACUACACAAGGGCUCAGUUUGAUCUGGCGUUUGUAGUCAGAUAUAAACCUGAUGAACAACCCGCAUUAAAACCACAUCACGAUGCCUCUACUUUCACCAUCAAUAUUGCACUCAAUCAAGUGGGGAUUGACUAUCAGGGCGGUGGCUGCCGGUUCCUAAGGUACAACUGCUCCGUGACAGCUCCGAGGAGGGGCUGGACGCUCCUGCACCCCGGACGCCUCACACACUACCACGAGGGGCUGCCCACUGUACAGGGGGUCCGAUACAUCUCUGUCUCAUUUGUGGACCCUUGAACUACUUCUUACUGGAAACUAAGAUUUGCUUUGAAUUCAGAAGACUGUAGGAUAAGCAAAUAAUCAAUGAGUGCACAUUAACACAGUACCUUUCAUUGUGAAAAUGCCAGUGUGUAUAUAUAUAUAUAUAUUUUUUUUUUUUUCUUUCCAUAUGUUUUGUUACACAAAAGCAUCUUUUGAUAACAGUUGAUGAAUGUCGAAUGCUGUUUGAAGGAUCACUAUGCAAAAUGUGACUUAUAUGCAAUGAUAUUUCACUUGUUUAUUUAUUGUCAUGUAUUGAAAGGGAUUUUUCCAUACAGAUGAUGUGGAUGUGUUUCAAUAAAGCAUCUGUCCUUGCUUUGACAUUCACAGGUUUAUUGAGAAGUGUUCUUUAUAGAUGCCCCUCAAACAAUUGAUGCUGCUGUUUGAAAACAGUAAGGAAAAAAAUAAAUAUAUCAAGUUUGUA